CUGGCUAGUGGUGUUCAAGGGUACUACUCCAUUCCUUGUGUUGGAUUGUGUGGCUUGAAAGCAUAGGUGUUCAUGCUAGUGGCAUGUCGGUCGGUUGAACCAGGUUCAACCGGUACCGAUCAUGAAACCGGCUGGAAUGUCACCGGUAAGAUAGACAAGUCAAUCCCGGUCAAGACCGGUCAAUUCCGGUCAAGACGGGAAUUUCGGGUGGUUCAACCGGCUGGCCUAAUUCCGGACUCUAAUGCAGCGACAUCAUUUUCGUGUUGUUUAAAUUAAAAAACAAUUCGGGUGGCAAACGGCCCCUCAUUCAGCUCCAUGCGCCAUUUCUCUUCUCUUCUCUGCCUUUCUACGAACCCUAAAUCUGAAUCUGCAUCCCAACAAGCUCGACCAGGCAAGGCGACGACGAGGCACGGCGAGAGGUUCCGGCAGCUGCGACGGUUUAUUUUUGGCAGGCCGGUGAGAAUCUGCACCAUGGCGAUUCCGUUCUCGGACAGGUUGGUGACACUCUGCACCGCAGCUAAUGGGGAAGAUGGCGUCGAGGCAAUGGGCAGAUCUCCACGGCGUCGAUGCUAAAGAGGCUGAGGAGACCACGACGGCGAGAUAGGUCCUGAGGCGGAGGGAGAAGAUCAGUUGUGGUCUUCGACGAGAUCAUGAAGACAAAGUGGAAUUGGGGGUUUUAAGAGGUUGAUUUGGUCGAGGAUAGGGAGCGGCGAUUGUGGGAUUGGAGGAAAUUUUUGCUGGAGGCGGCUGCUGUUUAUGGGUUUUGGUGGGUUAAUUAGAGGAAGAAAAGAUGGGAGGGUUAGAUAUUUGAGAUGGUUUUGGCCAUUCACGUUUAUUGUUUUGUCAUCUGCUUGGACUUUCAAGAAUUCAGAUGGAUGUUUAAAAUUUUCUCGUAUAAUUUAAAUAUGAUAUCAAGACCGGCAUAAACCGAUAUGUAUACCGGUUGUACCACCGUCGGACCAUUUUAGUUGUGAAAUCGGCACACCGACAUAAACCGGUUUGACAAUCUUGCUUGAAAGACAUUUCAGAAUCUUCAAGGAUACAGACUCCCCUGCCUGGCUGAUUGCAUAUAAAAUUGGUUGUGACAUUUCUUAGUGGUUAAUCGUUGGGAAAAAAGGUAAACAGGGGCAUGGCAGAGAGUUGGCUAAUAUUGUUGAAAACUAGACUUUUCCCCUCUAGGGAUCAUCGCUCAAUGAUGAUGAUUGGAGGCUAGCAGUUGGCUAAAGCAAUGUCGCAUCAUCACUGAUACCUGGGCCUUUUUUCUUUGAUCUUCUUUACUAGUUUAAGUGGCAGUUGUGUCAACCUUUCUUUGUUGUUGCGGUCCUUGGAUUCGUUUGUGGAUCCUGGAAAUGCCCCUUCCUGUACUCCUAAACUCUUUUUGUUCUUUUUUUAUCCUAAUACUAUAUCACGAUUACCCAAAAAAAACUAUGUUAGUAUUAUGAGUUACGAGAUUCCAUCAAACUCAGUCCUGCAGGCAGCAGGGCGAUUGGCCAGUCAAUUGGCCCAACUUUUUUAGUCUUGCUGCUGCUAUAUUUGGAAAUGUCGCAAUGAUCAAUUUUUCAAAGGUAUCAAGCUCCCCACCUUGUGCAACUAUGUGGUGAGCAAAGCUAAAAAAAAUGGGCAAACGCAUGGAAAACAACUAGCAGUAGGAUUGUUUUAUCGGGUCUCCCAAUCUCGUUCAUAGAUGGUCAUUAGCUGGAGCACGCCGAGAUCAAGCUGGCUCAAAGUCAACACGGAUGGGAGCAGCGACAAAAUUUUCUGUUGAAAUCGGGCAGGUUAAUUAGUACGAUAUUGUCCGCUUUGGACCAAGCCCACACGGAUUUACUUUUGGAUAUCCUUCCCAAAAGACUUCGUACUAAUUGGCUAGGUUGACACUUACACUAAUAUAUAAGAGUUCCUUCCCUUUUAUUUCCGAUGUGAUACUUGGAUUGUCGCAUAACACUUUCGCUAUGUAUGAACUAGAUAAAUCUCCAUCGAAAUUGAACAUGAUUGUUAAUGAAGAUACUUUGGGCAUAAACUUAUAUAUUUUCCUUGUUUGUGUUGAAAGCUUUCCAAUGGGCUUUGGCGACCGCGUCCAGAAAGGAUGAAAGUCUUUCAGGUUCUUACUUCUUACUAUACUAAAGUCCAAACCGGUCAAAAACAGCGUGACCAACUUCCAAAUCAAUAUUAAUAAUUAAUUGUAAUUUGCCUUUCAAUUCCUUCCUAGCCAUAUAAUUCCCCCACUUGAUAUUUCGUAAUCCCUUCCCUGCCUAUAGGUUUUGAACUUUUGAUUAGGCGCUAAUGAGAUAUCAGUCUCUCCAUUAACUUAAUCAAAACAAAGAUUUGCG